AUGACUACUCCGCGUUAUGGUACUGUGUACUGGGACGGGCACAUAGUUAAUAUUAAUAUUGGAUAUGAUUAUGUUGGUGGACAGUCUAGAAUGUUUCGUAUCGAAAAGAAAUUGAAUUAUGAAAAAUUAGUGAUUAAAAUUGUUCGUGCCAUGAAAUUGUCAACGCAUGAAGAUAUGAUAUCAAGGAUUAUUUUUAGACAACCGAUGUUGGAUAAUAGUAUCAUUAAAUAUGGAUUAGCACAACUAAGUGAUGACGAAGAUGUGGACAUGAUGUUUGACUACAUAUCGACAAUCAGGCCAGUAGAUUCAGUUGUAUUAUAUGUAGAUAUUUUAUCUCGUCAUCAUAGAACAGAAGAUGGAGGUGUUGGGCCUUCAACUAGUUGUCCAAUCGUUAUGGAGGGUGAAGGUGAAGACAAUCUCCGGGAUGAUAAUUGUCCGGAUGUUGGCCAGGAUGAAAACGAUGAUGAUACUGAUUUUCUUGAUAAUUUAGAUACAGAUGGAGAUGAUCCUUGGAUUGACGAGGAAGACGACAUUCCAGGUGUUCAGUUUAAUGAUGGAGAUGAUCAUGAUAUAAAUUCUUCAAUGUGUUUUAAUAGUGGAUAUAAAAAUUCUAUUAGACCAUUGAUAUUUCCACCUCCGUAUUCUGAAAUCGACUCUGAUGUAAUGAGAGUUGAUCCUUAUGCAAAAGAUCCAUCGAAUAUGUUCUGGGAUAAGUCGAAAGAAUUUUCUGUAGGAAUGAUAUUCAGAUCUCGAGAGGCUGUCAUCGCUGCUGCUAAAGAGUAUCAUAUGCUGCGACAUCACCAAUUUUGUUAUGAUGAAACUAAGAGUAGGACUUAUUCGAUCAAGUGUAAGGACAAAUUAUCUGGUUGUCAGUGGCACCUUCGUGCAUCCCGUAAAGAAAAUGCUGAUGUUUGGAAGAUAACAAGAUAUAACGGUCUGCAUACAUGUAGAAACGCAGGUGUUAGUAAAGAUCAUGGUCACCUUGAUUCUAGAUUUAUUUGUGCAUUUAUCUUACCCAUGAUCGAACAACAGCCAGAUAUGAAAGUUGCCACUCUUCAGGCUGAGAUCAAAGAUAAGGAAUCAUAUGGGAGAUUGCGUAAGUUCAUGCAUGCUAUUGUGAAUUACAAUCCCGAUACAGUUGUCGCAAUUGAAGAUGAUCCACACUGGAUUGAAGGUCGUUUGGAUGGGAACGUUAGAGUGUUUGAUAGAAUGUUUUGGGUAUUUCAACAAUCAAUUGAAGGAUUCAAGUUUUGUAGGCCAGUCAUCUUUGUUGAUGGAACUUUUUUAUAUGGGAAAUAUAGUGGUUGUAUUCUUUGUGCAACUGAGCUUGAUGGAAAUAAUAUGAUUUUUCCAUUAGCAUUUGCAUUAGUUGAAAAAGAGGAUAGUGACAACUGGGGAUGGUUCAUGGAUUGUCUUCGAUUAUAUGUUACCGACAGAGAAGAAUUAUGUGUUAUAUCCGACAGACACAUUGGGAUUAAAAAGGCAAUGCAAAAGGAUUGGUGGCAGUCCCCAUCAGCCAACCAUCGAUAUUGCAUUCGACAUAUAUUAAGCAAUUACAAUACAAAAUUUAAGAAUACCGAUAUGAAGGAAGCUUUGCGCACAGCAGGUCAGUGA